GUAUUAUUUGAUCCAAGUGUAAUUACAUUUAUUGAGACAAUUUUAGGCGGUGGACCAGGUCAUGAAGUAGAAAAGGUAUUUGCUAUUGAUAGUGGUUUCUUUCCAGGCUUAAGAGGUCAACCAGUUAGUACUUUAAUGUUUCCAGAUUAUUUAACCGGUAAUAUACCAAGUCAAGUUGAUAAAAAUGAUCAUAAUCAGGCUUAUUUCAGAGAAGUACAAAAUACUUUGUCAACUAUUGGAUCUUUUUCUGAUUUUAUGUAUACUGAGCAUAAUAAAACGUUAUUGAAGCGAGAUACUUUAAAUGAAAAUAUAAUCCAGUUUGAUGCACAAUCAAGAUCACGUCAGUCGAGUGACUGUUAUGUAGAAAGUAAUAAGAAUACUACUCAAGAUUCGUUCAAUGAUGCAGGACUUUUGAAAGAGAAGACCGAUUCUAAUUGUGUAACAGAUCAUGAGCAAAUAAAUGUGAAGAGUUUUUUAAGCUAUAAAACUCAAACAGGAGAGGCGAUUGCUGUUCGGUUAUCCCAACUUCGUUUAGUGCCCCUUCUGGAGUUGGAUAAAGAACUUCAUCAUUUAGCUUCCCAGAAACUUCUGACUUUCAGUCAGUUAUUUCAUGCUCAGUUGGCAAGUACCGGAACAAUAUCGAUAGGCCUUUAUCGAAGUGUUGAAGCUAGCAAUAAUACGGAUGAAUAUUUUUCAUGCAGAAACAUAUAUCUUGAAGCUAGUGGAAAAAUCGAAAGAUUUGUCUACACAUUACCACAGCCUACAACUCCCAUAUACCCCAGUGAUAUGAUUUAUUGCCUUACAGCAAUGACCGAAAAUCCAAUGUUAGGAUAGAAAAAAAUGGUGCCAAGAGGUCAGUCAGUUUUUAUUUGCUUGUACUGAGAGCAGCUAUUGUGUUUAUCUUCACGACAGCAACCCCUAUCACUGUCCUAUCUGUAUUCAUUCUUGUGAUUGGAGAGAAAAAAUAAAUGUAUAUCAAACCGUAAUGUUAAUUUUUUG